GCUGGUGUUGUUGACCGAACGAACAAUCUACGUCUUCUGUCGUUGAGAGCUGCUAAAGACUUCUGUUGCGCUUCUUCUCCCUCACUCAUCUCGUUUUAAUCCGCUGUCUUCGUCGUUGACACUCGUCUUCACGAUGCGCUUCUCGGUCACUGUACUCCUGUGCGCCACUGUCGGCCUGGCCGCAGCUCAGAGCGCGACGUCGACUGCCGCAGGAUCUUCUCCGUCGUCGUCGGGAUCGGACUGUCCUGCUCAGAACAUCCUCGAUGCUUGCCUCGACACCCUGCAGCCCCGCGCCGCGGCCUGCCCCGCUAACGACUGGGUCUGCCUGUGCAACACGCACCAGGACAUCCUGACCUGCUACAACAACUGCCCGGGGCUGCCCGCCCGCAGCGGUGUCCAAAGCCAGGUGGCAUCGUACUGCGGAGCCGCCGCGCCCGCCCUCUCCUCCAGCAGCGAAGCAGCGAAGACGCGCCCCAGCGCCUCGGCCACCUCGGCCCGCUCCGGCUCGGGCACGGCCACGGGCUCUGGCUCCGCGGCCACGACCACCGGCUUCGACUCCCUGGACUCGGGGUCCAGCUCCAGCAGCACUGGUGGCAGUGAAAGCGGCAGUGGUAGUGGCAGCAGCGAGAGGACGAGCACCGCGGCCGCGAAUGCUGGUAGCGUGGCUAGGGGCGUGCAGUCUGGUGGCGUGUUGGCUGCUGUGAUGGGCUUUGCGGCGUUGUUGUAGGUUGGAGUUUGUGUUGUGCGGUGGGGUGUGAUGGGAGAGGCGUAAUGUAAUGUGUGCUCGUUUGUUGUUGUUGUUGUUGUUGUGGUGGUGGUGGUGGUGAGGGUAGGGAAAG